AACAAUAUCCAAAACCACAGUGCGCAAGAGCCACUGGCAAGAACCAGAGUCAGUUAGAUGUCCCCACUGGGCUUCCGUACAAGAGCCUACACCAUACACCUUCUGCCAUUUACCACCAUUCACAUGCGAGCCCGUGCAGUAUGCAGCGCACCGCGAAUAUGAUGGUAUCGGUGUUGGUGCAAGCGACUUGUUCGAACACGAUGAACAUCGGUUGUCGCUCUCAGACGUUGAGGGUGCUGUCACUGAAAUUCAAGAAUUUCACUACACAAGCCCAACCUAACAUUCAGCCAAAGAACGAUUCAGAACAUCCAAUUAUUGACCCACUGAAACACCCUGAUUUCUUCGGUGUCCAUAAGUUGUUCACAGUCAAAGACUUGUUCAAUGCAAGGGUACAUUAUGGUCAUAAAAUAGGAACCUUGGAUGAUCGAAUGCGUCCUUACCUUUUUGGUUCUCGUCUUGAUCAUUUAAUAUUCGAUUUGGACAUAACUGCCGACCACCUGAGGCGUGCUCUAAACUUUGCUGCCCACAUUGCAUUUAGAGGUGGUAUCAUUUUGUUUGUAUGCAGAAAUGCUCAAAAUUCGCAUCUUGUUGACAAGACCGCCAAAGAGUGCGGAGAAUACUCUCAUACGAAAUUUUGGAGGGGUGGUGUAUUAACUAAUUCCGACAAACAAUUUGGAGAUGCAACCCGACUUCCUGAUUUGAAUAUAUUUCUCAACACAUUGAAUAAUAUAUUAAAUCAACAUGUUGCAGUCAAGGAUUCUGCCAAGAUGGCCAUUCCAACUAUAGGCAUUGUCGAUACAAAUUGCAACCCUAAUCUCGUUACCUAUCCCGUUCCUGGAAAUGAUGAUACCCCUGUUGCCAUAGAACUGUAUUGUAAACUUUUCAAAACCGCCAUAUUGCGAGGUAAAGAAGCUAAACAGAGACUAUCUGAAGGGGAGAAAGUACCCAACUGGUGAUGUGGAAAGAUCGCUGAUUUAUUUAUUAAAACUAUAGUUUAAUGUACAAAGUUUAAUAAACUAUUUGAUAGUAA